AUGCUACCUCUUUUGUUUCGACGUGCAUCACGUGCACUUAUUGCCAAGACAUUUCGUCCCAGAUUACCAUUUGAAAAGAUACAAUUCAAUUACUUUUCUACUGUUCCUACAACAGUGCAAUUAACUUUCGAAUGGCCUGAUGGCUGUUCUCAUAAAACAGUUCGGGCUAAUGUCGGUGAUACGCUGUUUGACGUUGUUCUGAACAAUAAUUUAGAUAUUGAUGGCUUUGGAGCUUGCGAUGGUGAAUUGGCUUGUUCAACUUGUCAUCUUAUUUUGAGUGAUGAUGUUUACAAUAAGCUUUCCAAUCCACCUUCUGAAGAAGAAUUGGAUUUACUUGAUACUGCCCCUCAUAUCACAGACACGUAA